AUGUCUCUGGCUGUCAUUGUUGGUGCCACCGGCACCCAAGGUGGCUCAGUUGCUCAUGCCCUGGCCAAAGAUCCCUCAUGGAAAGUACGAGGUCUUACUCGCAACGCCGCUAGCGCCAAGGCCAAAGCACUUGAGGCUCUAGGCGUUGAAAUGGUUGCUGCCGAUCUGAAUGAUAUCGGGACCCUACAGGCAGCCUUCAACGGCGCUACGGCUAUCUUCGCAGUGUCUGAUUUCUGGACUGCCGUCUUCCAGGGUGGCACCGACACUGCACAGACGGUGGAGCUUCAGCACCUCAUCAACAUUGCGGACUCCGCCGCCCAAAUCCCGACCCUCCAACACUUGGUCCUCAGCGUUCUGCCAUCCUGCGACAAGCUCUCCGGGGGAAAGCUGCCAUGCCCGCAUUGGGAUGCCAAGGCCAGGGGUGCGGAUUAUGUCAAGACAUCGCUACCGCAACUGGCAGCGAAGACGACGUUCGUCUGGACAGGAUUCUAUUUGGAUAACUUUGCCAAUCUGCCCUCAAUGCAACCCCAACCAUUCUUGGGCAACUACAUUCUGGCCCAAGCCUCAAAGCCUGACGCGAUUGUUCCUUGCGGCGGGAUUGUGGCGACGAACACGGGCAUUGUGGUCCAGGCAAUUCUCUCCCAGCCCGAGAAAACGUAUGGGAAGUAUGUACCCAUUAUCACCGACCUGAUCUCCUGGACCCGGGUCGCGGAGGAAUGGAGCAAAGCUGCUGGAAAGACGGCCGUGUAUGCCGAGCUGACCGAUUCAGAGGCGGCCAAGGCCUAUGGCCCCCUAUUUGGACCAGAGAUAGCCAGCCAGUUGCGGUUUAGCGAGCAGUAUCCGGAUUGGAACCAGUUCUACCCCGAGGAGACUAUCACAUUGGAGGAGCUCGGCGUCAACGAUAAGGUUGUUGGCGUUGCCCAAGGUCUUGAGUUGCUCAAGGACCAGAUCGUACCUCGACCCUGA